CCAUUCUUCUCAGAUUUGAACGACAGUCUUCAGUCACUAACAUCUCUGUAUAUAUACGAGCUUGAAUCUCGUCCGUUUGAUCAUUCAGAGUCCCAUAUUCAGAGCCAAGAUCCCAAGAACCUAGGACACUGAAAGCUUCCAACUUUCCAACUUUCCACUCAGAUUCCCCUCUCAAGACAAUCAUCCAAAAUGCCAGUUCCCAUGCCUACUCUCCCCGACCACGACCCCAACGGUCCCGAGGACAAGACCGUCCGUGACCAGGGCAGCAUCGGCACCGCAUCUCUCGAAGCCCUCGCCUCCAUCCCGCGAAAUGGCAACACUCGUCUUCCUGGUACAGGCAGCGGUGGCACCGUCACCGCGCCCGGCUACCACGCAGCUGAGAACGGCGAUCUGCUCGAGAACCCCUCCAGCAACCAGAGCCUGAGCAAGGAAGAGGCCGAUCGACUCUACGCGGAAAACAUUGAGGAUGAAUACGCGAAGCGCGAAGGUGGCGCUUGAGCUGUUUACCGAGUUUGAACAGCUGUCGCGGGGUAAUGAUACAAGCAGUGCAUCAGGUUACAGCUUGCCAGGAUUGUGGGAAGAUACCACUAUCUGAUCUACCUGGUACUGGUGCCAGUUUUAAAAGAUGGAAAAGAGAACAAAAGGCGCUUUUGUGGCAUGGACGGGAUGGAAUGAAAUGAUCGAUUACGAAAAACAUAUCAUAUGUGAGACGUACUGUUGUUUGCUGUACGUCGUGUCUUUAGUCGAACUGGGAGGCGCUACUAGUAUUAGGAGUUCAUAAUUAAUGUGUUGUAUAUUAUAUCGAAGUCUAA